UAAAUUGGUCAUCAAUCAGUACGAAUCGUGUACAUUUUGUGUGCAGAACAAACUAAAAUAAUUAGAAAAGACAAAAAUGAAGCAUAUUCUAGUCGUUUUGUUUGCUUGUGUUUUGGCUUUUGCUUAUGCCAGGCCAGACGAUAAAUAUACUACUAAAUACGACGGAGUUGAUUUAGAUGCCAUUUUAAAAAAUAAACGUUUGUUGCAUGGCUAUAUUAAUUGUUUAUUGGAAAAGGGGCCAUGUAGCCCUGAUGGAACUGAAUUAAAGAAUAAUCUUCCCGAUGCCAUAAACAACGGUUGCUCAAAAUGUAGUGAAAAACAAAGAGAAGGUGGUAAGAAAGUUCUUCGUUUCAUUAUCGAUAAUGAAAGGGCAGCUUGGGAUGAAUUGGAGAAGAAAUAUGAUCCUUCUGGUGAAUAUAGGAAGAAGUACGAAGCUGAGGCUAAAAAAGAAGGAAUUAAUUUGUAAACAAAAUGAUGAUUACUCUUAUUCUUUUCAAUCAAAAUCUGUGCCAAUGAUGACCAAUAUUCACGCAAACCUAAUGAGUCCUAUAGUCUCUUGUUUUUUAGCUGAGCAUUUAAAAAAACCAAAAAAAAAUUAUAAAUUUGUUAUUUAUAUUUAAUAAAAAAGAAUGUUAUUAAUUA